AUGGGGGCUGGCAGUGGGGUAGGCUUCUUCUCAAACCGAACCUUGAGUCAUCCAUCCUUUUGGCCACUGUAUGAGGCAGCCUCCAGGAGAGAACUCGGAGAGCAGGCACCCAGGGAUGCAGGUAUCCCGGUGUUAAACUGUGAAGAGGUCUUUGUCUCAGACCCUCUGCUGCCCUGUGGAUACCAUGUCCCUCUGUACCUGGACAGGGCACCCCAGCAAGUGAUGAAUCCCUUGAAGCUGCUGCUCCCACCUCCUAUCAUGUCAUCUUGUGUUGUCCCCACAUCUUCCUCUGCCUGCUCCACCAACUGGCUCAGUGAGCUUGAGAUGGUUGUUCUCAAAGCCCUUCUGCAGAUGAGCCAGGAGGGGUCCACAUGCAGCCCUUCAUCGGACUCCAUGCUCCAGGCCAACUGCUUAGAUUUUGUCUCUAGUAACCCAGCCCCUCACGGUGGCCCCAGAUAUUCUCACUUCCCAGACCCACCUCUCCCACAGACAACAGACACUGAUUCUCCAUAG